UUUGAUAUAAGAAAAACCUCUUCACAACCCCCGGCCAUCUAUUUUGGUCGACGGCGAGUGUCCUUAUCUGAAAAUUUUCCUUUCGCUCUCUCGAAAAGGAUUUCUUUUUUUCUUUUCUGAUAAUUGAUGGAAAGGGAAAAAAACUUAUCAUUCAUCACAGAUUCUGUAAAAGUGCUCGAUUUGAAAACCGGAUCCGAUUUUAAGCCCACCAAUCCGACGAUUUUUCCCUCUCAAUCUUCCAGAAAAUCGCCGAAGAAGAAAGGGCCGGCGAGUUUAGUGAGCUUGUGCCUCGGACUCGUCGGAAAGCAUUUGGAAGAUUUAAUUCCGGACUUGGCUGACAUCGCCGUCAAUUUUCCAGCUGAUAUUAAGAUGGUAAUUGCUACAAUUGCUAGAAGAAGGAAGUUACUGAACGAUGAGGUUAUUGUCUCUCUAGCCGAUUGUUCCUGGGAAAUUCUAGACAUCUCUGGUUCGGAUGUCUCGGAUAUUGGAUUAGCAAAAGUGGCUCAAAUCUGCAAGUCUCUAAAAGCUGUGGAUAUAAGUCGGUGUAGCAGCAUUACUACAGCUGGUGUUUCUGAAUUAGUGCAGCAUUGUCGUUCUUUGGAGACUUUUCGUUGCGGAGGGUGCCCGAGGAGUGACCAAACUGCCCGCAGAUGCUUGCAACUAUUCAAACCAAAGCUGAAUGAUGUAGAGGGAGAUUCCUGGGAAGAACUUGAUACCGCAGCUAUUGCUAAUGGCGCAGAAUCAUUGCGGUGGCUUGUGUGGCCAAAGAUUGAUAAAAAUACAUUGGAAAGUUUCUCCACCGAGUGCCCGCGCAUCAUAGUAAACCCCAAACCCUCACCCUUUGGGUUCAGAGGUACCAAAGUUCCCACGGAAGCAUUACCUGAUAUUGCACUAGAUGACCCUGUUGUUGAGGAUAUAGAUCCCAAAACAUGGGCUUUUCGGGGGUCUAUACCAAGGGCCACACCUGCGCUACUCUCAAAUUCUGCAGAGUUGUCCAUUGCUGAAAAAUUUAGACUUGCAUUUGUGGAAAGGGAUACCAAAUUGGCUCCAAAACGAGCGAAAAAUGCCAGGCAACAUCAGCGGCGCGCAGAGAGGGAGUGGAUGACGAUAGAUGCAAGAGCUAAGGCGCUUGCCCUCGCCUCACAAGCGAGCAAGUCCUUGUACAAUCGGAGCUAAUUCAUUUUUUUUUCUUUUUUGGUUGCAUUAGCCAGGAAUGUGCAAUUCUUUUUUCUUUUUUCUUUUUCUUGUAAUUUUGCUGUAAAAUCUGUGCAAUGUGUCUAUAUUUUGAGAGAGAAUGAUGUCUUGCUGCCUAAUGUGAUAAUUAUGGAAUAAAUAAGUGCAUCAAUCUUGGCCUGCUUGUAGAAAACCCUGCAAUCUCAAGGGUAAUUUCGUUCUCUCCAAAGUCUAAAAUUUUACAAGACUUGUAAGAUUAAGAAAUGGGGAAAAUGUGAAUAAUGUAGAGGAUUAUGGAAAUAUCCUUCUUAGUUGUCUAGUAAAAGGAAUGGG